GCGCAGGUUGGACAUAAAGUGACAGACUUCACCUCCUUAAAAUUGGAAGAAAACCCGGAGGACGAUGCGUUACAAGUUUUAAAACAAUUGUAAUGAUUUUCAGACAUGGACGACAUAAACCUUCAUUAUCGCUUUCUCAACUGGAGGAGGCGAAUCCGAGAAAUUCGUGAGGUGCGAGCAGUGCGAUACAAGGAGCGGCUCAAAAGGAUGCUGAGAGACGGAGACAUACUUAGGUAUCAUGGGAAUUCAGAUGAAGUUGGCUGUUUUGUUGCAGCCAGACCGUUGUCGAGAAGAAAUCGCUAUUUUGAAGUGACCAUCGUCGAUACAGGAGUGAGGGGGAUGAUCGCCGUUGGUUUGGUGCCACAGCUCUACAAACUGGACCAUCAGCCGGGCUGGCUCCCACACUCUGUGGCUUUUCAUGCUGAUGAUGGCAAGCUGUAUAAUGGCAACACUGUGGGACAGCAGUUUGGUCCAAAAUGCUGCCGAGGCGACAGAAUCGGCUGUGGAAUCUCUCUGGACUCCGACGAUGGACAGCUGACAGUGUUUUUUACCAAGAAUGGUAAAGAAGUUGGCAAUGUGGAAAUCCCAGCAUCUCCUGAAGCUCUCUACCCCGCUGUGGGAAUGCACUCUUUGGGGGAGGAAGUUCUGCUGGACCUGAACGCUGAGUGGGGGAUGGAAGAUGAUGAUGGACAGAUGAUUGUAGACAGUCAUGAAGAGGACUGGGGCCGUCUCCAUGACGUCAAGGUGAUUGGCACGCUGCUGGAGUACAUGGGGAAAGGGAAGAGCAUCGUGGACGUGGGCCUGGCUCAGGCCCGUCGGCCUCUCAACACACGCUUCCACUACUAUGAACUGGAGAUCACAGAUGCUGGAGAAAAGUGUUACAUCGCCCUGGGGCUGGCACGCAGGGACUACCCUAAAAACAGACAUCCAGGUUGGAGCAGAGGGUCCAUAGCUUAUCAUGCAGAUGAUGGGAAGUUGUUUCAGGGCAGCGGGGUCGGGGAUGCGUUUGGACCACGCUGCUUUGAAGGAGACAUUAUGGGCUGUGGGAUCAUGUUUCCACGUGACUUCAACCCUGAUGGUGGAGAUGACGUAGAUGACUGGGACCUUGACGUGUUUCCCAAGCCCAGCGAGGUUCAGAAUGACUUGUAUGCAAACAAUGAAGAUGAAGAGGAGGAUGAGGCAGAAGACUUAGAGGGGAGGAAAGUCAUGGUGUUCUUCACCCGCAAUGGAAAGGUGGUGGGCCGGAGAGAAGUGGCCUUACCGGUAGGAGGCUUCUACCCCACUAUUGGCAUGAUGAGUACUGGGGAGAAGGUCAGAGUGGACCUGCACCCCCUCAGCGGCUGAGCCGAGAGAAGGAAAUGAAAACCAAUUGGGGAAAUCAGAGCGAGGAGGAAUGAUUGAGCUCUGGUACAUUUUGGAGAUUGGACAAUAAAUACACUGUUGAAAAAAAAUGAAGGGAACACUUAAAUCACACAUCGUAUCUUG